CCUGGUCACACCAAUUCUGUGAAACAGAAGUGAUUCAUACCAAUAAAAACAACGUAAAUUGAUAAAAAUUCCUCCUGUUUAGGCUGCAAACCAACUGCCAGAACUCUUUUGCUUCUUCAUUCGUUAGUGUAAAUUCGUCAAACUGGGUAACGACAUGUCUACGAGUUCAAUGGAAAAACAUCUUUUCAAUCUAAAAUUUGCCGUAAAGGAGCUCGAGCGCAACUCAAAGAAAUGCGAAAAGGAGGAGAAACUGGAGAAGGCGAAGGCCAAGAAGGCGAUCCAAAAAGGCAACAUGGACGUGGCCCGCAUUCACGCAGAGAACGCGAUUCGGCAGAAGAACCAGGCUGUUAACUACCUCCGAAUGAGUGCUCGCGUGGACGCUGUGGCCAGCAGGGUCCAGUCCGCCCUUACCACACGCAAGGUCACCGGCUCCAUGGCCGGCGUGGUUAAGGCCAUGGAUGCAGCUAUGAAGGGCAUGAACCUGGAGAAAAUCUCCUCACUCAUGGAGAAGUUCGAGUCGCAGUUCGAGGACCUGGACGUGCAGAGUUCCGUGAUGGAGGGUACCAUGUCUGACACAGUGACUACCUCAGUGCCCCAGGGAGAUGUCGAUAAUCUGCUUCAGCAAGUGGCAGACGAGGCUGGCCUCGAGCUUAACAUGGAGCUACCCAGCGGAGUCCAAAGCCAGACGGUUGGAGCCUCAACAGCCGUAUCCCAGGAACAGGACGAGCUUACCCAGCGACUGGCUCGUCUUCGUCAGGCCGAAUAGAUGAGUGAAGUGCUGCCCGUUGAAUUUCUCUGUUUUAGCAAUUAAAAUUAAGUACAUCCAAAAUAUAAAUAAGUUUAAAUUCAGUGAUUGAGGAUGCUUCGUUUAUACAUGGCUUACCACCAAGAGGAGCCGAUAAGUAAAAAAUCUAUUGAGAACCCA